CAGGUAAUGAAUAUGAAGAAGAUCUUGAGAUACUUGAAGAGGCUGCCUUACAGGUGUGCAAAUCUCACUCCGGCAUUCUUGGGAAAGGCUUGGCACUAUCUCACUCUCCAACCAUUUUGGAAGCUCUCGAAGGAAAUCUUCCACUGCAGGUGCAAAGCAAUGAGCAGUCAUUUCUGGAGGAUUUCAUUGCUUGUGUACCAGGAUCAAGUGGUGGACGACUUGCAAGGUGGCUUCAGCCAGAUUCAUAUGCUGAUCCUCAAAAAACAUCAUUGAUUUUGAAUAAGGAUGACAUUCGAUGUGGCUGGCCAACUGUUAUUACUGUACAAACAAAAGACCAGUAUGGGGAUGUUGUUCAUGUUCCUAAUAUGAAGGUAGAAGUCAAAGCCAUUCCUGUUUCUCAGAAAAAAACAUCUUUGCAACAAGAACAAGUUAAAAAGGUGCAACGGAUACCAGGGAGUCCUGCAACAGCUGCUUCCCCUAGCAGUGAUAUGACCUUUGGAGGACUUCCUUCACCAAAGCUCGAUUCUUCCUAUGAGCCAAUGAUAGUAAAAGAAGCUCGAUAUAUUGCUAUUACAAUGAUGAAGGCAUAUGAAAAUUAUUCUUUUGAAGAACUGCGCUUUGCUUCACCAACACCAAAGAGACCCAGUGAAAAUAUGUUGAUCAGAGUCAACAAUGAUGGUACAUACUGUGCAAACUGGACUCCUGGAGCUGUUGGUCUCUAUACGAUACAUGUUACUAUAGAUGGCAUUGAAAUAGAUGCUGGACUAGAAGUGAAAGUAAAAGAUCCUCCAAAGGGAAUGAUACCUCCUGGUACCCAGCUUAUUAAACCAAAAGCGGAGCCUCAGCCAAACAAGGUUCGCAAAUUUGUGGCCAAGGACAGUGCAGGGCUUCGUAUCCGUAGCCACCCUUCCCUUCAGAGUGAGCAAAUAGGCAUAGUGAAAGUCAAUGGAUCCAUCACUUUCAUUGACGAGAUCCACAAUGAUGAUGGUGUUUGGCUGAGGCUGAAUGAUGAGACAAUAAAGAAGUAUGUUCCUAACAUGAAUGGUUACACUGAAGCUUGGUGUCUGUCUUUUAACCAACAUCUUGGCAAGAGCCUUCUGGUACCUGUUGACAAUGUCUUUAAUGCUAGCCAAGGAGUAAGGGAUUUGGACUUUUUUUCAUGGACUUCCAAAGCUUUACCCCCUAAGGAAUCUAGGUCUAAUACUGAUGAUUUUUUCAAAGACCUAAAUUCACACUGCCCACAGGAAGCAGUGAUGCAAGAACAAGAUAUGCCAUUCCUUCGAGGUGGACCUGGAGUGUACAAGGUAGUGAAGACUGGCCCAUCAGGUCACAACAUCAGAAGCUGCCCUAACCUUAGAGGUAUCCCAAUUGGAAUGUUAGUUCUGGGAAACAAAGUCAAGGCAGUGGGCGAGGUGACUAAUUCAGAAGGUACAUGGGUGCAAAUGGAUAAGAACAGCAUGGUAGAGUUCUGUGAAAGCGAUGAAGGCGAGGCAUGGUCGUUAGCUAGAGACAGAGGUGGAAACCAAUACCUCCGACAUGAAGACGAGCAAGUCCUUCUAGAUCAAAAUGUUCAGACUCCUCCCCCAAGUCCUUUUUCAAUACAAGCUUUCAGUAAGGGAACAAGCUGUAGUAAUGGACAAGGGUUUGAUUACGGCCUCGGAAAUAACAAAGUUUUGACUGUUUUGCCCGCUACAGGUGACCAACUGAGUGCCAUACUGAAUUCCAUUCAGUCACGGCCAAAUCUCCCAGCUCCUUCCAUCUUUGAUCAAGCUGCAAAACCUCCCUCUUCCCUAGUCCACAGUCCAUUUGUGUUCGGACAGCCCCUUUCCUUCCAGCAGCCUCAGCCACAGCUUCAGAAAACUCCAUCCUGCUGCCUUGCUUCUCGUGAGCGUAUUUACAAAAGUAGUGAUGUAGCUGGGCCUGCCUCUGCUAUUUCAUCUCUCUCUCACAAACUGAAGGGUGACCGAAUGAAUUUCACAGGAGCUGCUAGACCGAUUUCGCCAGCAGGAAAAUCAGAUGUGUCAUCAAAACACAGAGCUGACUGCAGGUCACCCAAGCUUGAUGUACGAAUGAAUAGAGCUGCUGCUGACCAGAAGAAGCCUAGGAAUACAGAAGGCUUAUCUGCCAGUGAGUCUCUUAUGCUGAAAUCAGAUGCUGCAAAAUUGCGGUCAGACUCUCACAGCAGGUCUUUGUCUCCAAAUCACAACACCUUACAAACACUAAAAACUGAUGGCAGAACAACUACUGGUCUGAGAGCUGAAUCUCCAGGGCCAGGAACCCGGUCAUCUUCUCCCAAGACAAAAACACUUACAACUGUUAGAUCUGGUGCUAGUUCUCCACGAUCCUCAUCACCCAAUGACAAAACUCUACCUCAGAAAGCUUCAUCCCCUGUAAAAACAAAACUUGAUCCUCCUCGAGAACGCUCCAAAUCAGAUUCUUACACAUUAGAUCCAGACACCCUUCGCAAAAAGAAAGUACCGCUAACAGAACCCUUAAGGGGAAGGUCCACUUCACCUAAACCAAAAAUUAUUGCAAAAGAUGGAAAACCUGUUACAGAAACUGAAAAUAGAGCUCCUUCCCCUCAUGUUGUGCAAGAAAAUCUUCACAGUGAGGUAGUUGAGGUAUGUACUUCAAGUACUUUAAAGACUAACAGCAUUACAGAUAGCACCUGUGAGGACAACACAGAAUUCAGAAGUCUGGAUGACAGUUCUAAUAAAGUUCAUUUCAGCAUAGGAAAAGCACCACUGAAAGAUGAGCAAGACAUGAGAGCAUCUCCAAAAGUGAGCCGUAAAUGUGCUGGUAGGCACACAAGACCCAAAAAGGAAAAAUCCAGCUUUCUUUUCAAAGGCGAUGGCUCCAAGCCUGUAGAGCCUGCCAAGCAAGCAAUGUCACCUUCUGUUGCAGAAUGUGCUAGAGCUGUAUUUGCUGCGUUUCUUUGGCAUGAAGGAAUAGUUCAUGAUGCUAUGGCUUGUUCAUCUUUUUUGAAGUUUAAUCCAGAACUGUCCAAAGAACAUGCACCAAUACGAAGCAGUCUUACUCAACAGCCUGCAGAGGAAAAAGAAACCAAGCUGAAAAAUAGACAUUCAUUGGAGAUAUCAUCUGCUCUUAACAUGUUCAACAUCUCGCCUCAUGGACCAGAUAUAUCUAAAAUGGGUAGCAUCAAUAAAAACAAAGUUCUCUCAAUGUUAAAAGAACCACCUCUGCAUGAAAAGUGUGAGGAUGGAAAAACUGAAACUACCUCCUUUGAAACAUCCAGUCAUCACACAAUGAAAUCCAAGUCUCCUCUUCCAUUAACACUGCAACACUUGGUAGCUUUCUGGGAAGAUAUUUCUUUAGCAACCAUUAAAGCAGCUUCCCAAAACAUGAUUUUUCCGAGUCCCGGUUCUUGUGCGGUGUUAAAGAAGAAGGAAAGUGACAAAGAUAACAAGAAAACCAAAAAAGAGAAAAAGAAAAAAGAAAAGGUUGAAACUAGGCCAAGGGGAAAUCUUUUUGGUGAGAUGGCCCAGCUUGCAGUGGGAGGACCUGAAAAAGACACCAUCUGUGAGUUGUGUGGAGAAUCCCAUCCAUAUCCAGUGACUUACCACAUGAGGCAGGCUCAUCCAGGUUGUGGCCGUUAUGCAGGUGGCCAAGGUUAUAAUAGCAUCGGGCACUUUUGUGGAGGUUGGGCUGGUAAUUGUGGCGAUGGUGGUAUUGGAGGAAGCACUUGGUAUUUGGUUUGCGAUCGAUGCAGAGAAAAGUAUCUCCGUGAAAAGCAAGCAGCAGCAAGGGAGAAGAUUAAACAAUCUAGGAGAAAACCAAUGCAAGUUAAGACUCCUCGUGCCUUGCCAACUAUGGAAGCUCAUCAAGUGAUUAAAGCCAAUGCACUGUACUUACUGUCUCUGAGUAGUGCUGCUGAGCCCAGUAUCCUCUGCUAUCACCCUGCAAAAGCAUUCCAAUCUCAACUUCCCAGUGUCAAAGAAGGAAUUUCUGAAGACUUUCCCAUCAAAAUGCCGUGUCUCUAUCUACAGACUUUAGCAAGGCAUCAUCAUGAAAAUUUUGUUGGGUACCAGGAUGACAACCUCUUCCAGGAUGAGAUGAGGUACCUGCGCUCAACUUCAGUACCUGCACCGUACAUCUCAGUUACUCCUGAUGCAAGCCCAAAUGUCUUUGAAGAGCCAGAGAGUAACAUGAAAUCUAUGCCCCCAAGGUACUUCCUUGUAAUUCUGGGUUCUACUUUGGAAACCAGUCCCAUAACAGAUACAGAUCUUGCGAAGCGUACAGUCUUUCAAAGAUCAUAUUCAGUCGUUGCAUCAGAAUAUGACAAGCAGCACUCGAUUUUGCCAGCGCGUGUAAAGGCGAUCCCGAGGAGACGGGUCAACAGUGGGGAUGCGGAAGUGGGGUCCUCACUCCUGAGACAUCCAUCUCCUGAACUUUCUCGGUUAAUCUCCGCCCACAGCUCUCUUUCCAAAGGAGAGAGAAAUUUCCAGUGGCCAGUAUUGGCAUUUGUAAUCCAGCAUCAUGAUCUGGAAGGACUUGAAAUAGCAAUGAAACAAGCCUUACGGAAAUCUGCUUGCCGAGUCUUUGCCAUGGAGGCUUUCAACUGGCUUCUGUGUAAUGUCAUUCAAACAACUUCUCUUCAUGAUAUUUUAUGGCAUUUUGUGGCUUCCCUGACUCCUGCACCUGUAGAGCCUGAAGAGGAGGAGGAUGAAGAAAAUAAAUCAAAUAAAGAAAAUGCAGAACAAGAAAAAGACACAAGAGUAUGUGAACAUCCUCUGUCAGACAUAGUGAUUGCGGGCGAAGCAGCUCACCCAUUACCCCACACUUUUCAUCGCCUUCUCCAGACAAUCUCUGAUCUUAUGAUGUCCCUUCCCAGUGGUAGUGCAUUACAGCAAAUGGCCUUAAGGUGCUGGAGUCUCAAAUUCAAACAAUCUGAUCACCAAUUCCUGCACCAGAGCAAUGUUUUUCAUCAUAUCAACAAUAUUUUGUCUAAAUCUGAUGAUGGAGAUAGCGAAGAGAGUUUUAGUAUCAGUAUUCAGUCUGGUUUUGAAGUCAUGAAUCAGGAACUGUGUAUAGUGGUUUGUCUAAAAGACCUCACCAGCAUUGUUGACAUUAAAACAUCAAGCCGACCUGCCAUGAUUGGUAGUUUAACAGAUGGGUCUACAGAAACGUUCUGGGAGUCAGGAGAUGAAGAUAAAAACAAAACUAAGAACAUCACAAUUAACUGUGUAAAAGGAAUCAAUGCACGUUUUGUGUGUGUUCAUGUAGACAAUUCCAGAGAUCUUGGGAACAAAGUGACUUCAAUGACCUUCCUAACUGGCAAGGCAGUAGAAGAUCUCUGCAGAAUAAAGCAG